UUGAUCGAAUCACUCUCUAAUAACCUUACAGACUGCAGAAAGAGCUCAAAGCGACCAAGAGCUACGAGAGCGAGGGAAGCUAAAGGCAGAAGACAUGUUUGGCAAGUCAAGAGAAAAAAGCAGCGAGAUAAGUGAGGAAACCAGACGCAAAGACGAAGAAAUUCGGGAGCGGGGAAAACUGAAAGCAGAGGGCAUGCUCGGCAAAGCGAGAGAGAAUACAUACGAAAAGAGUGAAAACACCAGACGCGCGGACGAGGAGCUGCGUGAGAAGGGAAAGCUCAAAGCCGAAGACAUAUUUGGCAAGGCAAAAGAAACAGUUCAAGUCUCCAAGGAAAAGCUUGAGGAAACAAGAGAGAAAGGAAAGCUCAAAGCCGAGGACAUGCUGGGAAGUACACACGACAGGGCGCACCAGCACAGACAAGUAGCUGAUGAUGCUCGUCACAGAGCAACAGAAACAGCCAACGAAUCUAAAGAGAAAGCCGAAGACCAGCGGGGACUUCUACAGUCUGGGCUCGCGAAAAUAGAACAAGCAGCGUACAACGCAGGACAGAUGCUAAGGCAGCAAAAGGAUGAGGCUUCUCAAGGCACAGCGGAUGCAUGGAACGCAACAAAGCAGUACAUCAACGACACUCGAGAGAACGUCCAGGCGACUGUUCACGACAGGCAGGAGCGGAGUAAGAGCUUCAUUCAGUCAGCUAAGGACGCGGUUCUUUCGAAGCUUGAAAACGCAGCUGGGAGUGGAGAAGAUAUGAUGCAUCGAACAAAGGAACAAGCAGCCAGCCGGAGGAGUGAUAAGAACAAGCCCGAAGAACGAUGACAUACCUGAGUUCGCAA